UUAUGACUAAUAAUAAUAAUGUAUUUUUUUUGUACUUUAAUUUUUAAGUUGCCAGAUUUAGUUGAAAAUAAUCCUUCGAUAGCUAUUGAAGUACUACUAAAACUAAUGCAGUCACAUUCCAUAACUGAUUACUUCUCCGCCUUAGCCAAUAUGGAAAUGUCUUUACACUCAAUGGAAGUAGUUAUUCGAUUAACUACUACUGUAGAACUUCCAACUGAAUUUGUACAUCUAUACAUAUCAAAAUGUAUUGUUGCAUGUCAAACUAUUAAGGAUCAAUAUAUGCAAAACCGAUUAGUUCGUUUAGUGUGUGUUUUCUUGCAAGCUCUCUUUAGAAAUAAAAUAAUAAAUGUUCAGGAAUUAUUUAUUGAAGUUCAAGCCUUUUGUAUCGAUUUUAUUGAAAUUCGAGAAGCAUCAGCUCUGUUUCGUUUUUUAGAACUACUAGAAACAGGAGAUACUUGCAGUAUUGGUAAUAUAGCUGCUGCCGCUGGUAUGACACCUAGUACAAUUGCUGCUUCUAAAGAUAAGGAUAAAGACAAAAUAGUUCCAAAGGAAAAAUAGUGUUAAUGAGUUCUUCAAUCAAAUUAAAAUGACAUCUAAUAGAGAUUUACUAUUAAUAUUAACUUUUAUGAUAAGUGAGACUGUAAAGUGGAAAUAAAAGUGUAAUAAUUU